GCGCCUCGCCUCGCCUCACGCACGGGGCCUGCCCCACCCCGCCCCGCUGUGAGCGGGGUGUCGGCGGCGCUGCUGCAUGUGGCGCCCCGCCAUGGCCCGCUACAGCCUCGGCGCCGCGCUGGACUGGCUGUACGGCGGCGUGGACCCCAGCUUUGAGGGCAACGGCGGCCCCGAGUGCGCCGCCUUCCUGUCCGGCCGCCAGCGCCUGCUGGAGAGCCUGGUCUUCCUCAGCCUGGGCGUCGCGGAGGCGCUGCUGGCCCUGCGGAGGAUCCGGCGCCUGCCCGGCAGGGAGGAGGAGGAGGAGCGGCUGCUGCAGCGGGCCCCGGCCCCGCACGAGAGCCUGGGCAAGAACCUGGUGCUGGUGGCCCUGGCCCUCACCUUCGGGGUGGAGGUGGGCUUCAAGUUCGCCACCAGGACCGUCAUCUACCUGCUCAACCCCUGCCACGUGGUGACCAUGAUGCAGAUUUUUCUCCUUGCCUGUCCUCCUUGUCGGCUUGCAAUGGUUCUCUUCAGGCUGCAGAUGCAUAUGUUAAAUGGCGCUCUCUUGGCACUGCUGUUCCCUGUGGUCAAUACACGUCUGCUUCCAUUUGAGAUGGAGAUUUAUUACAUCCAGCACGUGAUGCUUUAUGUUGUGCCCAUCUAUCUUCUGCGGAAAGGAGGUAUAUACACUCCAGAGCCACUUUCCAAUUUCUGGUGGGCUCUCUUGUCUACUGGGCUUAUGUUUGUGUAUCAUUUUAGCAUUUUACAGAUCCUGGGACUGGUCACAGAAGUGAACUUGAACAACAUGCUAUGUCCGGCCAUCUCCGAUCCUUUCUACGGGCCGUGGUAUCGAAUCUGGGCAUCUGGACAUCAGACUAUCAUGACUAUGGCUCAUGGGAAGCUUGUAAUCUUGUUGUUCCACAGUGCUGUCCCCAUCUUUAAAUAUAGUGUGGAUUUGCUUAGACUCCCAGCUAAGAAAAUAGACUGACAUUUCUCUCUGGAGAGUAGCACAUACAGGAAGGCGAGACCUGCAUUCAUACUGGAAAAGAAAGAGGAAAAUGAAAGGACGGUGUGUUUAAUAUCCCCUUGUCCCCAUACAGGCUUUUUCCUUGUAGAGAUCUCUAUAAUAGUGUGAAGGUUUUCUUGCAGCAGCUCUGUUUCACUGCCUGUAGCCAAUGGCAAAAUUAGUGGCCUUAUUCUGAAAGAGGUCAGUAUUUUUCUUACACACUUUUUUGCAGGUGACAAUGGAACCUCACUAUUUCCUGCUUCACAGUGCCCCAAAUGGGCAAAUCUGUCCAUCUUCCAAUACAGAGAGUGGUACUGCUACCUCGUUAAAGAUGUUGCCAUUUUUACUAAACAUCCUUCAGCACUUGUAUUGAUCACCUGAAGAAACAAAGCUAAAUUACAAUUGAACUGCAAUGAACAUGGAAUGUUUCAAACUCAUCACCCUGGCUUACAUUGUGUUUGAAUUUUGUAAGUUGGCUCUUUAUUGAAGCAAUGUAUUGAAGCCUGUUCAAAAGGGUGAAUUAGUGAGGUUCUAUUGUUUGUUUAGGCUGGUUGAAGAAUGGGGAACAAUAAGAAUAACUGGUUCCUUUUUUUUUUUUUUUUAAUUGGACUACUUGAUUCUCAGCUACCCUGGGGUGGUGUUUGGCUGUUCAUCACAUCUAACAGCUAUGGUAAUGCUUUGACUUGUAUGAAUGAAAAAGCUCAAGAGGAAAUUAUAAAAAAAAAAAAAAAAAAAAAGGGGGGGGGGUGUAAGCUAUUGGGGGACCCAGUAUUCUCAGCUGCCUGUGAACAAAUGCAGUAGGUGUUCAAGAGACACUGUCAGCUGAAACGGCUUAGCUGGAGAGAGAAAUUACAAAACUUCACUUAAAGAAUCUGAAAUUUUACUUUAGAUUUUUAGUUUUGAAUGUUUCCUUCCCUGUGCCUGUAUUAAGCAGCAUUGUACUAGGCUGUGAGGAACAAUGUAAAACUGUUCUGGACUUGCUAAUAGCCUACAUACUUCUUAUGUAAAGAUGCAAGCUAAAUUGGUAUACAGGGUUUGACCAAAUCACUCCAGCUCCCUAGUGUAGAUAGUUUUACCUGUAUGAAGGUGUUUAUACCAAUCUUUUUCAGUUAUAGUAACUGCGCUAACAUGUUGCAUUGAUUUUUUUUUUAAACUAAAUGUACUUGUUUGCUUGCACAGUUCUGAACUAGAGAGGCUACAACCAGGAACAGUAUAACCAGUGUAAGAAGUAAAAUGUGUGUCUCACUUUUCUAAAAGUGCAGCAAUAAGAAGCUGCACAGAUGAGUCGGCAAGUGGUGAAUCUUGACAAGAGUUCCCUUAAUUUUUGAAGUCUCAGGUUGUCCCUGCAGGCUGUUUUCUCAGUGUUGUCACAGGACUAUAGCAGAAAGCUAUCUUUUUUUUUUUUUUAGAUUCUUUGCGUUGCAUUGCCACAGCCGUGACUGUGCAAGAUGCCACCAACUCUUCCUUCAACUGAGUCGCUCUGCAGGCAUGUUCAGAAGUUAAGGUACAGCCAUGUUAUACCUCAAGAAGUAAGAGUUACAAACUUGCUCUGAUUUUUACAAGGGCAGGUAGAGGAAAGGGUGGACAGUGGACUUCAAAUAUUUUUUACUCCACUUGAUUAAAAAGUGAAUGUUUUGCAGCUGAUUUUAGCAGUGUCCUGCCCACCUGUAUUGUGAUCUCCAAGCCCUUUUCUGGAUUCCCUCUGUGCCUGGCUUUGUGUGCAUUAUAUAUAUGGUAAAGACCCUCUACUACCACAACUUGAUAAAAAGGAGAUUUAUGUAGGCUGUCCAACCACAAUUGUGCAGCUAAGUUUCUAUUACUGUGACCUGCAAAAUGCACAUUCCAACUCCCUCCCUUCAGUAGGGAAAGCUGAGCCCUGGAUAGCGGCAAGAGGGUCCUGCUUCAGUGUGCCUGGCACUGUGGACACUUAAGUUGAUGCUUAAUUUGACUCUGAGUAGUCACUGUUAGUCGUACAAAGAUAGGCACGUGCUGUUUGUUUGCAGCAAUAGGUUCUUCAGAGAGAUGGGACAGCAGCAGUAUUUCAAAGCCUAAAUCCUUCAGCUGAAGAGCACUUAACUCCCACGGAAGGUUUGCCAUUUCCUUGAGCAGGAGGGCAAGUUCCAUGCAGGCUGCCCUCAGGUUGCAGGCUCCUACAGUACAGUGUUGGAGGCUCAAUAGUGCCCCUUACUUGAAUAAGCUUGAUCUAGGAUCCUCUGGGUGAAAGCAUACAAAACUGCCUCCCAUCCCUCAGCUAUUAAGGUUAUGUUGGCUUAUUUAUCUACCUAGCAGUCCAUUGAGAGAGACCUUGGGCCAGAAUCAACCUGUUAUAACUACAGUGAAGUGUGUUUAGAGCCUCACAAGGGAUGACUUUGACCUGUCUCUUGAAAUCAUUUGUUUUUUGAUCAUCUUACCUUGCACCUUCCUAACCCAUUUUUACCAAAAAAUAUAUAUAUUGCAGCUACUUUUGACAGGCAAACUCAGACCAGCAGCAGUCUCACAUUUUUUACUACAGCAUUGUCUACCUGCCAACAUGAGCCUCAGGGUGUGCUAGAUAAGCACAGCAACAGAUGCCCGAUGCUGACGCCUAUGGUCAAAUAAUGCGACUGCUAGAAGUUUUCAGCUGCAUAGCUCAGGAAGCCCAACCAUAAGACAGGUCAGAGUGCAGAAUUUCUAGCUCUUUUGGCAAAUUGAACAAUUCAGGAACAGGCCUGGCAGCUUGGAGUUUGUUCCCUUAAAACUGGGAAACACUCAAGUGCAUUGGCACCUGCCCCAGUUUCUGAAAGGGAGGAGACUAUGCUGGGGGAACACAGGCCUUUCAUUUGUUUGGUGCUGGUGUGGAAGGGGGGUAACUUUCCUUCCUAGCAGUCUUGCUGUCUGCGUGAGAUAACUUUGCCUUCACUAGCUUGCACAUGCCAAGUCACUCACAGUGUCCAGGAAAAAUCAGUUUUAGGACUGAGCGCCAGCAGACUGCACACGCCAAAAAAUGCAUUCCAGUGCCCAGAUCUUCACUAGCAGGGAGAUCAUUCCUGAUUUUUCUUUAACAUGACAGGAGUCAGAACUGUGUGGUAGAGUUAAAGCACCAUGGCGUGGAGGGAGCCAGAACAGAUGCAAGCAACUGUGCUGGUCUGUGCCAAUGGAAGAGAGAUCCCAAACUAAGCCUCACGUUACUUCGUAUUCUUACUUUAAGGGUGUUGUGUUCUUCAGUGGUAAAGUCACGUGUGUACAUUGCGGGCUCUCUGCUGAAUGCUCUGCUAAAUUACAUCUCAGAAAACUAGUGCAGUUGAAUUGAAUUCAUUCUGAGGGACCUGGGGAUCUUUCCAAAGCAGCGUUCUCCAGUGGUUAGGUGGGCCGUUCCAAGCACUCCAGACUCUGCCCUUUUCUCUUGUCUAUUCUACAGAAGCCAUUAGUAGUUGUAAAAAUCAUAAAGGGAAUAGUGUAACACUUCUGCAGCACCAUAAUGGCUGGCAGUAGCUGUGGACAUUAAUGUUUGGGUGCCAAGGCUUCCAGCUGUGCAGAGGAUGUUGAGUGCUGUUUUUUUCCAAAGGUUUAGACGCACCUGUGGGUGUGGUGUUUGAGCCAUGAAUCCAUUUCUUGACUUUCUUCCAUGUAACUGCAUUGGAAUUUCUUCCAUGUAACCAAAGAGGAAUUUGCAUCUUGUUUCUCUUUCUUAGGCUGAAGAUCUAACAGCAUGUAGUCAUGCUUAAAAACGUACAUACAUCUCAAUGGAUGGAAGGCCAUUGCCCCUGAACACACUUCUAGCUAGGUUUUGGUUUGACUUCUUUUAGUGCUUGAGAAAUGCUCAUUGGCCAAGGCCAUUUUGCUGUUAAGCAGAUGCCACCUUGCUAAAGCUGAGGCAUGAGCAGUCGGUUCAUUUGUGCACUUUAAGGUUUUAGAGUACCUCAUUGUAGUGGUAUUACCCCUCUGUCUGUGGCCUCAAUCAGGGUUUUGAUAUUUCUGUAUAUUUGAUAACUGAAUGUUUUGUAAAUCCUAUCUGUGUUUCUCUUUCAGAAACAGCUAUUUGCAACUGUUGAAGUACUUGAUUUUUAUGUCCCAUGUUGUGUCUGAAACCACAGGCAUUAGUUUCCUGUACAUUUGUAGCUACAUAGAAGUCAGAUGUGCAGUUUUUUGCUGUUGCAGUUGUUUCCAGUUGCAUUUGUUGUGUUAUUAGAGGUGAGCUUUUCAGAAAUAGUGGGGUUUUGGUUUGUUGUUGAUUUUUUUUUUUUAGGUGGGUGACAAAAGAAUUGUAUAAAAAGUAAAGAAGUGACCUUUGGAAAGUGUCAUUUUAGUAGUGCAUAACAAAGCUCUGAGAUCAGUAAGGCCAAAAAUUGGAAGGAGGUGUCUGAUAUUAGCCCCUAUGUGGAAGGUAGGUUCAUUAAGGCAGAGAAGACUACUUUGUUUUGUGUUUUUGCUCUCAUUACAGUGAAAAGAUGCAUAAUAAAUAUCAGUUCUUUUGUGAGCUUGUACUCAAGGUGAUAUUGCUGUACAUCUGUUUUGCUGCUUCGAGUGUCAUUUAGUUAAAGCCAAGCUGUUUAUAAAAUGGUUUUUAUUUUUCUUCAGGGUCAAUUUUGUACUUUUUUUUUAUUUCUGCAUUUACUGAGUCAUUAUCUCAAUGCUGCAGAGAACACAGCAGGCAGAGCAGUGAGCACACCCACAGUGUUAUCAACAGCCAUGCUGUGCCAGGGAGCUGGAAUCGCUGCAUGCACUGAGCUGAGGCACACAGCUGUCUUUGGAAAUCGGUGGUUCCAGUUGCCCAACCCUCUGUCCAAGCACCGCGUUAUCUGGGUGCAGAGGGGAGUGGUGGCAGCAGGAAUUGAUGUGGGGGGUUUGCUGCCAUAUCUGCUGCUAGUUCUGAGUAAUUUGUAAGGUGAUCUAAAUUUUGUAAACUUUUUAAUGUGCUAAAAACUUGGUGAUAAUUGCUAAGAAGGGGUAAUUUGUGUACUUGUACUCCUUGUUGGUCUCUACAUGAGGUCCAAUUCACUGGUCUAAUAGUUGUUAAAUCUUUAAUGAAAAGAAUAAAUACAUUCUAAUGUA